ACAAACAACAAAAUGAACAAUCCAGCCAUUAAGAGAAUAACAAAUGAAAUUAUCAAAUCACCUGAGGAUAAACGAGAAUAUCGUGGACUGGAAUUGGCAAAUGGCAUUAAAGCUCUUCUCAUUAGUGACCCUACCACAGAUAAGUCUUCAGCAGCACUUGAUGUGUACAUAGGAUCCUUGUCUGAUCCCCCCAACAUUGCUGGGCUUAGUCAUUUUUGUGAGCAUAUGCUGUUCUUGGGAACCAAGAAAUAUCCAAAAGAGAAUGAGUAUAGCCAGUUUCUUAGUGAACAUGCCGGGAGCUCAAAUGCUUUCACGAGUGGAGAACAUACCAACUACUACUUCGAUGUGUCGCAUGAACAUCUAGAAGGUGCACUAGACAGAUUUGCCCAGUUUUUCCUGUGCCCUUUGUUUGAUGAAAGCUGCAAAGACAGGGAAGUGAAUGCUGUGGAUUCUGAGCAUGAGAAGAAUCUGAUGAAUGAUGCCUGGAGGCUGUUUCAGUUGGAGAAGGCUACUGGAAACCCCAAUCAUCCCUUCAGUAAAUUUGGAACAGGGAACAAAUUCACUCUGGAAACUAGACCAACCAAAGAAGGAAUAGAUGUAAGACAAGAGCUAUUAAAGUUCCAUUCUACUUACUAUUCAUCAAAUUUAAUGGCUAUUUGUGUCUUAGGAAGAGAAUCCUUGGAUGAGCUGACUUGCUUAGUGGCCAAGUUAUUUUCAGAAGUAGAGAAUAAAAAUGUCCCUAUACCAGAGUUUCCUGAACAUCCUUUCCAAGAGGAACAUCUCCGGCAACUUUACAAAGUGGUACCUAUUAAGGACAUUAGAAAUCUUUAUGUCACAUUUCCUAUACCAGACCUUCAGAAGUACUAUAAAUCAAACCCUGGCCAUUACCUUGGUCACCUGAUUGGGCAUGAAGGCCCAGGGAGUCUUUUAUCAGAGCUUAAAGCCAAAGGAUGGGUAAAUACUCUUGUGGGAGGACAGAAGGAAGGUGCUAGAGGUUUCAUGUUUUUCAUCAUUAAUGUGGACUUGACAGAGGAAGGACUUUUGCACGUUGAAGAUAUUAUUUUGCACAUGUUUCAAUAUAUUCAAAAGCUACGUACAGAAGGACCUCAAGAAUGGGUUUUCCAAGAGUGCAAGGAUCUAAAUGCUGUGGCAUUCAGAUUUAAAGAUAAAGAACGACCACGAGGUUAUACAUCAAAGCUUGGAGGAAUGUUGCACUAUUAUCCUAUAGAAGAAGUACUGGCUGCUGAAUAUUUGCUUGAAGAAUUCAGACCUGAUUUAAUAGAGAUGGUACUGGAUAAACUGCGACCAGAAAAUGUUCGAGUUGCAAUAGUUUCCAAGUCUUUUGAAGGAAAAACUGAUCGGACAGAAGACUGGUAUGGAACACAGUACAAACAAGAAGCAAUUUCUGAUGAAGUUAUAAAGAAAUGGCAAAAUGCCGACCUGAACGGGAAAUUCAAGCUUCCAAUGAAGAAUGAGUUCAUUCCUACUAACUUCGAGAUUUUGCCAUUGGAAAAAGAUGCGACACAGUACCCUGCCCUUGUCAAGGACACUGCUAUGAGCAAACUAUGGUUCAAGCAAGAUGACAAAUUUUUUUUGCCAAAAGCUUGUCUCAACUUUGAAUUUUUCAGCCCAUUUGCUUACGUGGAUCCCUUGCAUUGUAACAUGGCCUAUUUGUACCUUGAACUACUCAAGGACUCCCUCAACGAGUAUGCAUAUGCAGCAGAACUAGCUGGCUUGAACUAUGAUCUCCAAAAUACCAUCUAUGGGAUGUAUCUUUCUGUAAAAGGUUAUAAUGACAAGCAACAUAUCUUGCUCAAGAAGAUCAUUGAGAAAAUGGCUACUUUUGAGAUUGAUGAAAAACGCUUUGAAAUUAUCAAGGAAGCGGUAAGCUACAUGAGAAAUUUACAUUUUGGAGUAAUUAAAAUUGAGCGCAUUGAUUUGAAAUCUGAGGGCUGA